UUACAUUACAAAGGAUAAACAUAAAUGGAAACCAUACUAGAAAAUGACCAACAAUAACUACAAUGAGUUCUUUUCGUCGUUUCUAACAACAUACUUGCCGCGUUUACCGGAUGAAAUCCUUAUGCAAAUCUUUGACCUAUUCAACCGUUCUGACUUGUGGACAUUCCUCACCAACUUUCCUCACCAUGAUCUCCGUGAUUUAGUACUUCAUCAUUAUUACUCCGAAGUAGCCUUUAUUGUCCAUUCUGAAGUAAGUUGGUAUCACAGAUACUUCCUCGAUAUUACCCAGUUUUUCAAUGAGGAAAUUUUUGAGUUUAUGGAUACCUUUCCCGAGAACAUUCCUCGACGAUUAAUUAUCACUUUUGACAAUGAAAGCUUUUCAACGAUAGAACAGUUCUUGGAAAGGUAUGAUGAGCGAAUUCGCAAGGUUGCACAGUUAGAAAUCGCUUUAGAGAGAUGUCAGUUGGGUGAUUGUGAUUUAAACUAUCUAUUGUCAUUUAAAAAUUUGACAAAGAUAUAUGUCCAAAAUAUGAAUUUGUCAAACACUAAAAUAUUUGAUAAUACGUACUGGACAGACCAUCCGAGGCUUGAAGAAAUCAUCUUAGUCCAAGAUUGCGUUGAUGAUUGGCUGAGUUUUAGGUUUCCAGAGAAGUUGAAAUGUCUCGAAUUGGUACAAACCGAGCUCGACCAUAAAUUAAUCAUUCCUAAAUCGGUUAAAACCCUUUCAAUUUCCGGCUCUAAAUUGGACAGUUUAGAGAUAUUCCAAAAUCAGCACUCUUGUGAUUCAACGCAGAAUCUAAUGGAGGACCAAUUACCAGCUGGGCUACGUAAAUUGAAACUCGAAACCACUGGUAUCUAUGACUUCAACAGAAUUCAUUGGCCAACGAGCCUCGAGGUACUAUCCCUAGCUGAAACUGGAUUAAAUGAUUCGGCAUUGAAAAUUAUUAACAAUUUGCAUAGAUGGCCUCCAGGGUUGAUAGAUUUGAACAUUAGCAAUAACCCUAUCCGGUUGCCAAAUUUUGCAUCAAGACUACCUCUGAAUUUAAAAAUCUUAGAAAUGAACCAAGUUGAAUUGUCUUGGUUGGAACUGGAGCAUCCAAUUGAAUUUCCUGAGACCUUGACGGAAUUGUACAUGAAUGCAUGUAAGAUUCCUGGUUUGGAUGUUUUAAGUUUUCCAACUUCGCUUAAAAAGUUGGCAUUGACAACGAAUCAAAUUGAGGAUGUAGCUUCAUAUGAUUGGGAAAUACUUGUCAAUUUAGAAACACUCGAUCUAUCGGGUAAUAAUAUUACAAGUUUGGAUGACUGGAUGAUCCCUCCAAAUCUUAUCAAUCUAUGUUUGUUUGCUAACCCCAUUAAUGAACUAUCUGAGAAUUUUCCAUUAUUUAUCGAUCAGUAUAAAUUCAACCUCGAGUACUUGGAUUUACGCUUUUGUAACAUAAAAUCCAUUAGCGUAAAGUAUAUUCCUGCUAGUUUGAAAAUGUUGAUCCUUCUUGGUAACCUGCUAGGGCUGAAUCUUGUGUUGCCACUGAGCUUUAAGCUGUUGCAACAUUUAAACUUAUGUAGGUGUGGUUUAGCAACAGUUGAAUUUCGUGAUGAGGACAAGCAAUUGACGACCCCGAGCCCUAGAAGAAAACCCUUGGAUCUUCCAGCAUUCUACUCGUAUGACUGGAAAUUGUGUUUGGGAAAGAUAAGGAAAAGUACUAAUACUUUCCACGAAGAAUGUUUGGAAACGUUUAGAGGAAGGGAACCGAUUUGGUUGAUUGAUUAAACUUGUUUGUUGAAGAAUUAUUAUAUUGGAGAACGUCCAAUAUGAGUUGACUAUUCUAGGGGUUUGAUAUUAUCGUCUUCAGGAUUGUUUAUAGAAAUAUAUUUGCAUGCAAGAGCUUGUGGUUAUAGAUUAUUCCAUUCAAAUAAUCUCACUGUUAGUCUUCGUAACAAAUACAAAUAGAGGGUAUAGAUCUCUUUAACCCAACUAGUUACAUUUAUAAUAUUCGUGAAUAUAAAACUUUAAUAU